CAUUUAUUUGAAAUGUAUGUGCAUAUUGUGCUGUUUUUAUUCAGUGGUAAAUUGCAGAAAAGUGUUUUUAUUUAUCACCCUUGUCUGGUUUAUAAUCGCCCAGAUUUUGUUUAUGUAUUUUGCUAAUGGGUGAUCAGCGCUAUUUAAAUCAAACUGGAGUGCUGGUGUCCUGCAAGUUGGAGCUAAACUCAAGCCCUCCAGGAAUGAUUUACGGUAGAUGGAUCAACAUACAGUUAAAUAAGUGAAUUAUUAUUAAGUGACAACUCCAAGAAUGGUAACACUUAAAAAAUUGUUGUUUUAACGUUAGUUAACUACAUUAUUUAACAUGAAACAACAAUAAACACAACUUUUACAGCAUUUAUUAAUCUUAGCAAAUAGGUGCAGUGUGUAAGUUUUAGCGGCAUCUAGUGGUGAGGUUGCGAAUUGCAACCAACGGCUUAGUCCACGGCUCACCCCUCGCUUUUGAACCACAUAGAGAAGCUACGGUAGCCGCCACUGGACAAACAUGUCAUCGUCAGAGACAACUUAGUAAAAAAAUUGUCCUUUAAGGGCUUCUGUAGAAAAAUGGCAGCACAAAAUGGCGACUUCCAUGUAAGGGGACCCUCGGUGUAUGGAGAUAAAAAGGUCUCAUUCUAAGGUAAUAAAACAUAACGGGUUAUUAUGUAAGGUCUUUAUACACCCCUGAUAAUAUAGUUUUGUAUAUUAUUUUGCAUUUCUGUCAAAAGAUCCUUCUAAAAAUUACACACUGCACCUUUAAAGAAAUAUUUAAAAUUAAACGCCUUGUCUGCUAACAAUAGUUAGUGCACAAUAGGCAAUGAACAAUAUGCAUUAACUAACAUUAUGUAGUAAAAUUACAAUGCUCAUUGUUAGUUUGUGUUAGCUUAUGCAUUAAUAUGUAUGAUAAUAAAAAUGAUUUUAAGUGUUACCAAAAAAUGUAAGGCCAUCUUUAUGUACACCAUUUUUAAAGGAGUCUGACUAAAGGCAUGCAGGGAAGACAUUAGAAAUGGGUUGUUUAUAACACAUUCAUGUUAGAGAAAAACUUAACACCUCUUUAUUUAUCCAUAUAGCUUUUGGCUUAAAAGCAUCGAGUUGGCACUUUCUCACCCCUUUAAAUAAUUUGACCUUGAAAAGCUCGCACCCAGAAUUAUGGCAUAUUUGUACUCUAUCCGAAUCAUAACGGGUUAUUCAUUAUGUGCCUCCCCUAGCGGAGACGAGGCGGAUUUACAAUGUCAAAUAAAAAGGCAGGGAUGAACGCCAUGUCUGCUCCCGCUGUUGAGGACUAGAGAGAGUCAAUACAACGGGCGGACUUCGAGGAUUCGCGUCUGAGCGCGUAAUCUGGCUCAACCUCCGACAUGUCGGAGAGCGCGGGGAUUCCUCAGGGCUCGCCGGCGGUGGGUGCGGCGGGCUCGGCUCCUGCAGCGCCAGGAGUCGGCGGAACCGAAUGUUCAGGCGCCGCCGUCGGUUCUGCACGUAUCGCCGUGAAGAAGGCGCAGCUCCGCUCCUCCCCGCGCCCGAAGAAACUGGAAAAACUCGGUGUAUAUUCCUCGUGCAAGGCCGAAGGUGCUUGUAAAUGUAAUGGCUGGAAGAGUCAAAAUCCACCACCGACUCCGCCCCCUCCAACCCCACCCAGAGCAGAGCAGCCAAUUGCUGUUAAUCUAAUGGAGCCCUGCAGAAGCUGUAGCCACGCCCUAGGUGACCACGUCACACACCUAGAGAGUGUGUCGGAAGAGGAGAUGAACAGACUGCUUGGAAUUGUACUGGAUGUGGAAUAUUUGUACACGUGUGUCCAUAAAGAGGAGGAUCCUGACACUAAACAAGUUUACUUCUCACUCUUCAAAUUGCUGAGGAAAUGCAUCUUGCAGAUGGGAAGGCCAGUGGUGGAGGCUCUGGAAAGUCCACCUUUCGAAAAACCAAGCAUUGAACAGGGUGUGAAUAACUUUGUGCAGUACAAGUUUAGCCACCUACCAUCUAAGGAGAGACAAACCAUUGUGGAGCUUGCAAAGAUGUUCCUCAACCAGAUCAACUACUGGCAACUUGAGACGCCCUCACAAAGGAGGCAAAGGGCACCUGAUGAUGAUGUAGUCGGAUAUAAAGUCAAUUACACCAGGUGGCUGUGUUAUUGUAACGUGCCCCAGUUUUGUGACAGCCUUCCUCGGUACGAGGCCACACAGAUUUUCGGACGCACUUUUCUCCGCUCUGUAUUCACUGUUAUGAGGAAGCAGCUGCUGGAACAAGCCAGGCAGGAGAAAGACAAACUGCCUCCCGAAAAACGCACGCUCAUUCUCACACAUUUUCCCAAGUUUCUGUCUAUGCUGGAGGAGGAGGUAUAUAGUCACAAUUCACCUAUCUGGAGUGAAAACUUUAUGGUUGGUUUAUCAGGAGGACAAAUUCCCACAGUGAUUAGUGCUUCGCCUGUGACACGCCCCUUGUGCUAUAGCAGCAGUCCUGCAUCUGUGGAGCUGGCGGGAGGUGGCAGCAUAAGUCCAGCCCGGAAAACAGCUUCCACUCUGGAACCCAAUCCAGUAGGUGGAGAAAAACGAAAGCCUUCGGAGCCUUUAUCUCAUGAGGAUAACAAACGACCUCGCGUGGUCGGUGACAUUCCAAUGGAACUUAUUAAUGAAGUCAUGUCUACAAUUACUGAUCCUACUGCCAUGCUGGGACCUGAGACCAGUCUUCUGUCAGCCCAUUCUGCUCGUGAUGAAGCUGCUCGAUUGGAGGAGAGGCGUGGUGUCAUUGAAUUUCAUGUCAUUGGGAACUCCCUCAACCAGAAGCCCAAUAAGAAAAUCCUCAUGUGGCUUGUUGGCCUGCAGAACGUCUUCUCUCACCAGCUUCCCCGCAUGCCUAAAGAAUACAUCACACGCCUCGUCUUUGACCCGAAGCACAAGACUCUCUCUCUCAUUAAAGACGGUCGUGUUAUUGGAGGAAUCUGCUUCCGAAUGUUUCCGACUCAAGGCUUCACUGAAAUUGUGUUCUGUGCCGUCACCUCCAACGAACAGGUCAAGGGUUAUGGAACUCACCUCAUGAAUCAUCUGAAGGAGUAUCACAUCAAACAUGAAAUACUCAACUUUCUCACCUACGCUGAUGAAUAUGCCAUUGGCUACUUUAAGAAACAGGGAUUCUCUAAGGAUAUUAAAGUGCCGAAGGCUAAGUAUGUGGGCUACAUUAAGGACUAUGAGGGCGCAACACUGAUGGGCUGUGAACUCAAUCCCUGCAUCCCUUACACUGAGUUCUCCGUCAUUAUAAAGAAACAAAAAGAGAUCAUCAAGAAGCUUAUAGAGCGCAAGCAAGCUCAGAUUCGUAAAGUUUACCCGGGUUUGUCCUGUUUCAAGGAAGGAGUUCGGCAGAUCCCCAUUGAGAGCAUUCCAGGAAUCUGUGAAACGGGCUGGAAGCCAUUGGGAAAAAGCAAAGAGCUGAAGGAUCCAGACCAGUUGUAUUGUACCAUAAAGAACAUUUUACAGCAGGUCAAGUCACACCCGAAUGCAUGGCCCUUCAUGGAACCUGUAAAGAAGAAUGAGGCCCCUGGUUAUUACCAAGUCAUCCGCUUUCCUAUGGAUCUGAAGACGAUGAGUGAACGCCUAAAGAGUCGUUACUAUACGACACGAAAACUGUUCAUGGCCGACAUGCAGCGGAUAUUCACUAACUGUCGAGAGUACAACCCUCCCGAAAGCGAGUACUACAAAUGUGCCAACCUACUGGAGAAAUUCUUUUACACCAAGAUCAAAGAGGCGGGCCUCUUGCCAUCCCUUUAAUCUCUACCUCUUUUUCUCCAUCCACAUCUUGUGUCUCAUUUCUGUUCUCUGUUUGUCCUAGACAAAGGCGCUUACAUAUCUGGUUGAUGAUGUCAUUGAUGAGUACGUUGAUGACAUCAUCACAUGUGAAAAUUCUCUCUUCUGUCUUAAACGUUCCUUUGGCCAAACGUUGCGGAACAAUUUUGCUCGAGUGUUUGUGUGUAUGACUGUAUGUAUGCAUUUCAUGUGCAUGUGUAGCCUACAAGCUAGUGUGUGUGUGUGUACAUAAUAGAGAUAAACUGUUUAUAUAGAUCAAUUUGAUGGAAAAACUGUAUAUUUAUAUUGUAGGACAGGACGUAGAGAUGCUUAAAAUUACUCUAAUAUUGAACAGCACUUAUUUUUUAACCUAAAGGAAUUGUGGUGAAUACUAGCAUACAUGAUGAAAUGAUUUCUUGCACAUGUGCAGUUUGUACCAGAGCGUGUUGGUGAUGUGGUUUAUUGAGGAACAUUCCCUGUACAAGAAGAAAAAAAUAAUUCAUAUGCUUUAUCUUUAUCAACGCACUUCUAUUAAGAAAGGUCACCCUUUGUAUGUAAAUAUUACGUGAAAUGGCUUGUAAAUUGUCAUUUUCUAAAAUGUUUGUAUUUUUAAAUACUUAAAAAGAGCAGGACUUUGUACUACAUUGAGGGGAAUGGGGGGUAAAGCUAUUUUAAGGUCCUUUGAUUUUAAAGACAGCAUAUUUUGUAGAAUGACUAAAAAUUUUGCGCAACUAAUGUGAAUAAAAUGUCUACUUUUGAGUAUUUCUUUAGAGAACAAUGUUGCACAAACUGCACAAUUUUUGUCUUGCACUUUUUAGGUAUAGAUAUUCUGUUAAAUCAAAGAAAAUUUUGUCAAAAUUGUCUUUUUGUUUUUUUAAUCCCUGUUGAAUAUUUCAGCUACUUAGAUGCCAGUUUUGUUGGCAAGUUAUUAUUUUAAGUAUGUUAUUAAGCAAUGAAUACAAUUUCUGCAUUAUGAAAACACGUGUCUGACUAUCUUCUUACAGAAAAUGAGUCAACAAAGCAGUUCAUUUGCUGGUUAAAUGUAACAUAUUACUGUGUAGUGCAAUACUUUAAGGAGUUUGAAUGACUGGACCUUGACUAAACAACACUGGUGAUCAAUAAAGCGA